AUGAUCACGCUCGCGCUCCACUCGUGCGGGCUGCUCCCUGUCGCGAGGCACUCCCCUGCUGUGCGGCGAGGCUGCCCGCCGCCGUCGCGUGCGGCUGUGGCGGCCGAGCUCGAUGCUGGCGAGUCCUUCCAGGUGAGCCUGCUCGAUGGUAGUGAGGGCAAGCGGAUAGAGUGCUCGAUGAUGGAGACGGCCGAGCUGGACGGCGAGCUGUACGCCUCGCUGCUGCCGCGCGACACGCCCGCCAUCCUCGCGACGCUCGACGCCGAGCAGGGCGUCCUGGCGGAGGUCGAGGACCCAGGCGCGAUCCGCGAGCUGCUGCCUGCCGCCCGGCGGGCGUGCGGUGAGUACGGGCUCGAGCUGCUCGACACGGCCUUCACGCUGACGCUGUCGGGCGAUGUCGAGACCGCGAUCGAUGACGCGGGCGAGGACUCGAUCGCCGGCGACCUCGACGACGACGACGAGCUCGACAUGGCGGACGACGCGGACGAGGACGACGCGGACGCCGGAGACGUGGUGGGCGCUUUUUCGCGCGGCGGCGGCAAGUACUUCGUGAUGGCGCUGAGCGCGCCGCUCGUGCUGGUGGGGCGGCAGGCGUCGCUCACGGACUUUGUGAUCCCGAGCGAGGAGGAGGUCGACAAGGUGGGGCCGCUGCUCGAGCUGAAGAUGCGCGCCGCGAGCGAGGACGACGAGGAGGAGGAGGAGGAGGACUGGCCAGAGGUGUGA